AAUGGACUCUUAUUUACCGCAUUUCAUAACGUGGUUACCAAUUACUGAAGAUUUUCAGCCCGAGAGACGGUUGUCUUUUGAAAUCGUAGAUCAACCAGUCUCAACACUCAAGCGAAUAAUUGCUAUUCUCCUAACAAUAUUUGUUGGAUUUUUGUAUGGAAAUAUGCUCACCCCAAUAAAUUAUUUGGUGUUUCACAAUAGUGAGACAGGCUAUCCCUCCGAUCUUUCGUCGUAUUUCUUCUCGUACAGUUUUGGAGCUUUACUAACCUCGACACUGAUAUUCAUGGUCUACUCAGGAGUAAAGUUGAAUCGUCCCUUUAUAAACCCUGAACUAACGCUGCCAUCACUUGUAUCAGGAAUUGUCUAUGCGAUCGCUACUUACAGCUUCUUCGUGGCUAAUCAGCAUCUUGAACAGACGAUAGCUUAUCCGAUUCUUACGAAAGCACCUGGAAUCAUUGUCUCCUUGUGGGCGGUCUUCCUCUUCAAAGAAAUUAAGGUAAAUUUUUUGUGA